AUUAUCCAGAGGAUAUUAUGGAGCAUACAAAUGCUUGGCCUUGCUGACUCCUCUCGUUUAUAGUGCAUACAACAUAAGUACUGAGGGUAGGAGCUGCAUACAAAUGCUUGGCCUUCUUGACUCCUCUCCUUUAUAGUGCAUACAAGAUAAGUACCGAAGGUAGGAGCUGCAUGUCAGGCAACGGCACAGGCAGUAAAACAGUCUUCUCCUCAGAAACUAGAAGCAGCAAAUCAAAAGCGUCUUCAAUGUUGCCUGUUCUUCUGUUGCUUCUCUUGCCAUAUGUACUCCAGUCAGCAUCAGUGGGAGCAUCCAACAAUAGGACUGAUGUGGAUUCCUUGCUGGCGUUCAAGGCAAGCCUAAGCAAUAAGCAUGGUGUCCUAGCUGCAUGGAACACAACAACUGACUACUGCCAGUGGCCAGGCAUUGGUUGCAGCCUUAAACACAAGCACAGGGUCACAGUGCUUAACCUCUCUUCGGAGGUCCUUGGUGGCACGAUCACACCUUCCAUUGGGAACCUCUCCUUCUUGAGAAUUCUAGAUCUCAGGCGGAACAAUCUGCAAGGUGAAAUACCUUCAUCCUUUGGUCGUCUGUCUCGCCUACGAUAUCUUAAUUUAUCCAACAACUCACUUCAUGGUGAUGUAAAUGAUGAAUUGAAGAAUUGCACCAGCCUUGAAAGAAUGCACAUUGGUUCAAACCGUUUGACUGGGGAAAUCCCUACUUGGCUCGGAGACUUGCUAAGUCUCAAAGCCAUAGACCUGCGCAAUAACAACUUCACUGGAACCAUCCCGUCAUCACUUACCAAUCUCUCAACACUACAAGGAAUCUAUUUCAGCACAAACCAACUUGAGGGUGCCAUCCCUGAGGGCCUUGGGAGGCUCGGUGUCCUUGCCUACAUAGGCCUGUCAGAGAAUCACCUCUCAGGCACCAUCCCUACAGCUCUCUUCAACCUUUCUUCUCUAAUAGGCUUGGGUUUGGCACUAAAUGAACUGAGCGGUAAACUGGCCCCAAAGUUUGGGGAUAACCUCCCAAUUCUAAACCAACUAUUCAUUGACCGUAACCACUUUACAGGAAACCUUCCAGCUUCUCUUGUCAACUCAACCGAGAUAUUUGCACUAGAUGUCUCCUUCAACAACUUAAUAGGAAGAUUGCCUCCAGAGAUUGGAAUGCAAUGUCCAAACUUCCUCAGUCUCGGACCAAAUCAGUUCAUGGCGACUACUCAGCAGGACUGGGAGUUCAUGACAUUGUUGACAAACUGCACACGCCUCAGUUUUCUUAACCUCCAAGGCAACAGGCUAGGUGGCGUGCUGCCUAGCUCAGUUGCCAACCUAUCAACACAACUUCAAUCAUUAUAUGUUGAAGGCAAUGAGAUUUCUGGAGAAAUACCAUUUGGCAUAGGCAAUCUUGUUGGUCUAAAUCAAUUGGAGCUAGCUGACAACCUGUUUAUUGGUGCUUUGCCUGACACCAUAGGGAUGCUAAGUUCACUACAAUUCCUGGACUUGGGAUAUAACCUACUGACAGGGUUCAUGCCAUCCUCCCUUGGGAACUUGACACAACUACUAAAUCUAUACACAGAUAACAACACAUUUGAGGGGCCUCUUCCAGCAAGCCUCGGGAGACUACCAGAGAUAACAGCAGCAACCUUUUCAAACAAUAAGUUCACAGGCCCAUUACCUAAAGACAUCUUUAACCUAUCGUCCCUAUCAGACGCGCUGGAUUUGUCAGGCAAUUACUUUGUUGGUCCUCUUCCACCUGAAGUAGGCGGCUUGACAAAGCUUGCACAGCUAUACUUAUCACAAAACAACUUGUCAGGGGCCCUACCUAAUGAACUCAGCAAUUGCCAAAGCUUGACAGAACUAGGGUUGGACGAUAACUCCUUUGAUAGUACCAUUCCCUCAUCUAUCAGCAAAAUGAGAGGUCUAAUGUUGCUAAAUCUUACAAAGAACACACUUUCAGGUGUGAUUCCUCAAGAUGCAAGCCUUGGAAGACUACCAGAGAUAACUUCAGCAACCUUUUCAAACAAUAAGUUCACAGGCCCAUUGCCCAAAGACAUCUUUAACAUAUCAUCCCUAGCAGAUGCCCUCGAUUUGUCGAGCAAUUUCUUUCUUGGUCCUCUUCCACCUGAAGUAGGCGACUUGACAAAGCUUGCACGCCUAUACUUGUCACAUAACAACUUGUCAGGGCCCCUACCUGGUGCACUCAGCAAUUGCCAAAGCUUGACAGAACUCAGGUUGGACGAUAAUUCCUUUGAUAGUAGCAUUCCAUCGUCUAUCAACAAAAUGCGAGGUCUGAUGUUGCUAAAUCUUACAAAGAACACACUUUCAGGCUUGAUUCCAAAAGAUUUAGGGCUAAUGGGUGGCCUAGAACAGUUAUACCUUGCACACAACAACUUGUCUGGUCAUAUCCCAGAAAGCUUGGAAAACAUGGCAUCUUUGUACCAGUUAGACCUGUCCUUCAACCUUCUGGAUGGCAAAGUUCCAUUACGGGGAGUGUUCAGCAAUGCAUCUGGAUUUUCAUUUGGAGGGAAUUUGAGGCUUUGUGGUGGUAUAGUAGAGUUACGUUUGCCCGCAUGCAAAACAAAAUCUGUGGGAUGUGGCUUUAGCAAACGCCAUUUGACGAUCACCCUAGUUACCGCAAUUGCUGGAGUAAUUCUGAUUUUGAGUUUGAUGCUUGUUUUCUUGACAAUGAGAAUGAAAUCAAAAACUCAGUCUACAACCACAGGAGGAUUUCAGUUGAUGGAUGACAGUCAUCCCAGAGUUACAUAUGUUGAAUUGGUCCAAGGAACAAGUGGCUUUGCAGUAAACAAUUUGCUUGGCAGAGGAAGAUAUGGAUCGGUGUAUAAGUGUUGUCUGCUGCUAAAAAAUAUGAUGACCACAGUAGCUGUAAAGGUUUUUGAUCUUCAACAGUCUGGCUCUUUCAAAAGCUUUCAAUCUGAGUGUGAGGCACUUAGUAAGAUCCGCCAUCGCAACUUGAUUAGUGUCAUAACUUGUUGUUCAAGCUCUGACUUGAAUCAAAACGACUUCAAAGCCAUCGUUUUCGAGUUCAUGCCUAAUGGGAGCCUAGAUAGGUGGUUACACAUGGAUGUACAUGUAACACAUCUACUCCAAGGCUUGACAUUGAUGCAGAGACUAAAUAUCACGGUUGAUAUUGCUGAUGCACUAGAUUAUUUGCACAACAAUUGUGAACCACCAAUAAUUCAUUGUGACUUGAAGCCAAGCAACAUUCUUCUCAAUGAGGAUUUAGUUGCUCACGUUGGGGAUUUCGGUCUUGCAAAGAUUCUUCCUGAAUCAACAGUUGAGCAGCUGAUCAAUUCAAAGAGCUCAGUUGGAAUAAGGGGAACAAUUGGAUACGUCGCUCCAGAAUAUGGCGAAGGUGGUCAAGUUUCUUCAUGUGGAGAUGUGUACAGCUUUGGAACUGUGAUCCUCGAGUUGUUUACAGGCAUGGCACCUACUCAUGACAUGUUCAGAGAUGGGUUGACCCUGCAGAAACAUGCCGAGAAUGCAUUUCCAGGGAUGCUAAUGCAGAUUGCUAAUCCAGCCCUACUGUCCAUUGAAGAAGCCAAUGCUAAUAGUUUGCAGGAUGGAAGCAACACAAUGGAACAUGCCAUAUUCUCUGUCAUGAAGGUUGCGCUAUCAUGCAGCAGGCAUGCACCAACAGAGAGAAUGUGCAUCAGAGAUGCUGCUGCUGCGAUUCACAGGAUAAGGGAUGGCUAUGUUAAAGCAAGACAAAAUGAGGGGGUUGUUACAGCUGCAUAUACCGCAAGGCAUUUUGCUGAAACAACCAGGGCGGCCCCUUGAACUGGCAUCACGCACCCACUCUUAAUUAAUGGCUUUGUAGUAGUUAUAUAUUGCACUCUGGUUUUGAUAUGUUAGUUUCUGGCUGGCCAUGUUCUCUUAGCUUGUUGAUCUGCCUUUUGCAGCCUGUCUGUUACUCUGCCUGCAAUAGUUAAUAUGGUUUGUAUAUGGGGAUGCCUACAUUGUGAACUGGUAAUAUCAUUUGUAUCGGCUA